UUUCAGAUAUCAAAUAAAUAUGGGUGGAGCCGAAGGAGUAUUAACUACAUUAUCUGAUUGCACUACGGUCGGGCAAUAUGAUUGGCACCAGAUACCGAUUUCUUUCGGUGAUGGCUCGGAGACUGUAAAAUACGGAUUUUGGCUUCAAACCGAGCGCGGGUUCAUUCCUAAUAGUUUCAGUUUUCCUCUUCGUGAUUCAGCUUGGAGUGCACUUUCUGCAAAAGCUCUAGAAGAAGACUGGAGUCAUCUUUGUGAAAUUCCAAUAGCAGGGUCUGAAGAGUAUGGAUUCAAGGAACUGGUCAGAAUUUAUCCUGAAAAGUUCGAUUGGAGCAUGAUUGGGACAUUCUUAACCGAAUAUUGUAGAGCGUCCAUUUGGAGUUUGUAUUGCAAUCCAAAAACAGGCGCUGAGUUUUCAACUGGACCAGUUUUCAAGGAUGUGCACAUUGAGGUUACCAUGUUUGACAAUCUUCUCCCGUUAAACAAGCAUCAUGCUUCCUCGAAGGAAAACUAUGAAAAGAACCCAUCGUUAUAUCAAUAUGACCUGCUGUCCACAGGACUAGACAAAAAGAACCUUCGCAAACCAUGUGACAGCUUUGAAGAUCCCACCAAUAAAUAUGCUCAAAUAUUUCCAUCCUUGAGUCUUACCGAGCAAACUAAUAACUCAAGCAAGCAGCGUUGGAACAGGUCUAAUGGAUCCAACAAAACAUGUGAGAGCUAUCGAAGUUUAUUCCAGCGUAGAAUUGAUGGAUGCAAACCCAGAAGUUUUAUUAACAACUAUUCAAAAAUGAAUAAUAUCUGGAAUUCAUCAAUUGAUAUUAAUUCAACGAAAACGCUUCCUAACACGAAACCAUCUCAAUAUGGUCAAGCCAGUCGUCGCAAGACCAUUGUCCCGAUGAAAGUUAUUCUAGUGGAUAGUCGGAAAGAACACUCGGGCUGCAAUAUCCAAUUUGGUGGUUUUCCUACUUCAAGUUCUACUGCAUGGCGUGGAAGGUACAACGAAUUACGGAGAACCACAGCGCCGUAACUUCCAUUUAAUUCCCAUCAAUGUAUUCUGUUAAUAAAUAACAACUUUUACCGAAAA